GGAUCUGAACCCACAACCACAAGACCUGAGCUGAGAUUAAGAGGCACACACGCAACCAACUGAGCUACCCAGGCACUCUCCAAAGGAGUAUUUUUAUUUAUAGAAUUUAUUAAACAACUAAAUGUCUCAUGGUGGUUAUCCAGAUUUAGAUUAUAGUAUAGGCUAACAUUUAAUGAGUGCUUACUAUGUCCUAGGUGCUAUAUAAGCUCUUGACACCUAUUAGCUUAUUCGAGCAUCACAUCUGUACAAUUAAUGUACGUACUAUUAUCCCCAUUUUACAUGUGAAGAAACUGGAGCCUGGAAAAGUUCAGUUACUUGUCAGUGUCACACAGUCAGUAAGUGGAAAGAUUAAGUGUUAAACCAGCCAGGCCUUGUUCUUAAUCAUUGUACUUUAUUGACUUAACUGCCAGUGAAAUGACAGCAGACUAUGAGGUAGGUUAUAUGAGCCAUCAACCUGAAAGAUAAAAUGGCCAGUUGUUAUUUUACCAGCAAAAUGAGUUUAUUCGGGAAUAGUAAAGGCAUUGCAAUCCGGGACAAACAAACCAUGGCAAACCAUAGGCAGGUCCAGGGAACAAAGGAGAAGGGCUUGCUUUUAUUGGGGAAAAGAGGAAAUUGGGAAGGGCUGUUUUUGUUUUAAGUUUAUUUAUUUAUUUUGAGAGAGACAGAAACAGUGCAAGUGGAAGAGGGGCAGAGAGAGUGGGAGAGAGAAUCCCAAACAGGCUCCUCACUGCCAGCCCAGAGCCCGAAGUUGGGCUUGAACUCACGAAACAGUGAGAUCAUAACCUGAGUCAAAAGCAAGAGGCAGAUGCUUAACCAACUGAGCCACCCAGGUGCACCAAGAAGGGCUGUUUUAAACAAAAGUCCAUUGGAAGAGAAUAAGAGAUCAAGAUUCUCAUUGGACGACUGUGGCAGUUUCUCCUGGCUGUUGCUAUUGCUAGACAAGAAGAAAACUGUCCUUCCUCCUGCUGGAAUGGUAAAAGUAAGCUACUUCCUACUCAAGAAUGCAAGCAUCGGAGAAACUAAUGUAGAAAGAAAGACGAAGAAAAAAAGGUCUAAGAGUGUCACUAGUUCCAGUAGCAAUAGCAGUGACAGUUCAGCCAGCGAUUCUUCAUCUGAGAGUGAAGAAACAUCUACCUCAUCCUCCUCAGAGGACAGUGACACCGAUGAAAGUUCCUCCAGUUCAUCGUCUUCAUCCUCCUCCACGAGCUCUUCCUCGUCCUCUGAUUCAGACUCAGAUUCUAGCUCUUCCAGUAGCAGCAGCACCAGCACAGAGAGCAGCUCCGAGGAUGAACCACCAAAGAAGAAGAAAAAGAAAUAGAAUCGCUCCAUCCCUAUUGGACUGCCGGACUGAACACAUCAGUGUCAUUCUCGAAAGGGAAUUUAGAUUGUGUUAAGGCCAGACAGGUUAACCAGUCAACAUUUCUAGAGUUUGGAAGUUUCUAAAUGUUUUACACAUCAUAAGAGCAUAAAGGGUAUUAAUAAUGGAUUAUAUAUGUAUGUGCAUAUAUAUAUAUAUAUAUAUAUAUAUAUAUAUAUAUAUAUAAAAGACUUUUUAUUUUAAGGGUAAAUCUUGUUUUUCUUUUUUAUCUUUAAUAUAUAUCUCUAAAACUUAAAGCUGAAUCCAGUAAAUCUGUUAUUGUGAUGAAACUUUUCUUUUCUCCCUGUGAAAUGAAUGCCACACUUUGUUACAUGUUAGUGCUACGUAUCAGACAUGUUUUCAGGAUAAUGAACCACAAUGUCUGGCAGUGAAUUUCUCAUGCUUUUGGCUGUGUUAUUAUGGAAGAUUUACUACCUUGUUACUAUAAACU